AUGGAAGGCCUAAUUCCAAUGGUGUGCAGAUCCAUCAAGAAGAACGAAAAACGGCGAAAAUACGAAUGCAUCUCGUCCGGCCCAGCACAAACCUACGACAUCGAAGAUUUCUACACAAAAGAAGCUAACGACGAAUAUCACGACUUCAAUUUCAGCAGAAAACAACAUCACCCGAUGACGGGCUCUUGUGGGGCCCACCAUCGUUGCUACAGCUCGGUGGACGUGUAUAAGCCGAAGCAGCUCGUGAGGUUUCAUAGCCACAGGAUGUUCUCAUGUUUAAAUGGUGCAUGA